AUGCCGGCCUCCACCGCCGUGCCGUGCUGCCCGAACCGCCAUGCGCUCAAGCCCUUCGUCACGCCGCACGACCGCUUCAACUGCGACCUCUGCGGCGACGACCAGCCCAAGGGUAUCGACAUGCGCGGCUGCCGGAUCUGCGAGCACGACGUGUGCGGCAAGUGUUCGCCGCCGGUGGACGUGCCGCUGGACGUGGCGGACGCCGACGCGGAGAUCGUCGAGGUGUGUCCGUCGGGCCACCCGCUCGAGCCGUUUGCGAUGGAAGACGAGUUUGGCGAGUGCGACCUCUGCGGGUGUGACCAGCCCGAGGACGCGCCGAUGCGCUCGUGCAGAAUCUGCGACUUCGACGUGUGCCAAUCGUGCACCGCGAACCUCGCGCCGCGGCCGCGCGCCGCAGCCGUGCCGCCCGUGCCCGUCGUCGAACGGUCGGAUGACAUCCGCAAGCCUGCGAUCGACGGCCGCUCUUACCGGUACGUCAAGCUCCCAAACGAGCUGCGGAUCGUGCUCGUGUCGGACGGAGAGGCGGACAAGGCGGCGGCCUCCCUCGACGUUGCCGUGGGACACGCGUGGCUCCUAGGCGGCGCCUCCAACGCGUACACCGCCUUCGAAAACACAAACUACCACUUCGAGGUGCUGCCCGCGCACCUGCCUGGCGCUCUCGACCGCUUCGCGCAGUUCUUCAUCGCGCCGCUCUUCACGGAGAGCGGCGCGAGCCGCGAGAGGCCGCCGCUGGCCAUCCGCGACGCGCUCUUCGCCUUCCACCAGCGGCACUACUCGGCCAACGCGAUGCGGCUCUGCGUGGUCGGCAAGCAGUCUCUCGCCGAGCUCGAGCAGCUCCUGCGCCUGCUGACGGUCCUGUGGCCGAUGCCUCCGAUCCGGCAGCUGUGGCGCUCCAAGCCGCACCGGUACAUCUCGCACCUCCUCGGGCACGAGAGCGAGGGGUCGCUCCUCUCGCUCCUCAAGGGGCGCGGCUGGGUCGACUCGCUCUGCGCCGGCGAGUCCGUCUCCGCCUCCGACUUUGCGAUGUUCGAGGUGCAGAUGGCCCUGUCGGAGGAGGGGGACGGCAAGGCGCGGUGGGUGUUUGAGGAGUGCUCCUCGCUCGCCGAGAUGGGGUUCCGGUACAAGGAGCAGGACGAGCCGAUGGACGCCGCAAACUCGCUCGCAACCUCGCUCGAGCACCACCCGCCCGCGGACGUGCUCUCGGCGCCGUACCUGCACCAGGAGUUCGACCCGGCCGCCAUCGAGGCGAUGCUCGCCCUGCUCACGCCAGCGCGCGUCAUCACCCUCCACUCCUCCCGCUGCGUGGCGGCGGCGGCGCCGUACCGCGAGCCGUGGUACAACACACCCUUCGGCGCCGCGCACGCCUCGGUUGGACCGCGCUUGCUGGCUGGCGUUGAGCUGUGGCACAAGACGGACGCCACGUUCCGCCGCCCAAAGACGAACAUGUGGAUGGCGCUGCAGCUCUCGCAGGCGUACGCGACGCCGCUCAAGGUGGUGAUGACGUCGCUCUUCACGCGGCAGUUGUCGGACGAGCUGACCGAGUUCUCCUACCACGCCGAGGCGCCCGACCUGGCCGCGGAGCGGUUCGCCAUACAGCGCGACAACGCGCCGUACCAGCACGCCGUCUACCUCGCCUCGGUCCCGCUCGCGCGGGUCCUGCUCGAGGUGCGGCGCCACCACAUCCUCGACUACUACCGCGAGGUGGUGGAGAGCGGCUCGCUCGACCUGGACGAGUACCGAGCCUUCGCCGGCGAGAUGGUCGCCGCCGCCCGGGCCGCCAUCGGCUCCAAGCCGCUGAGCUGCGACGAGAGGCGCGAGUGCGAGUCGAUGUACCGCGCGCUCGUGCUGCCCGCGGACAGCGAGGUGUGGGUGCGGCAGCACCCCUCCACGCUGCCCGAGGACCAGCGGCUGCUCGCCAACGCCGACGAGACCAACUCGGCGAUUGAGGUCUUCCUGCAGGCCGGGGUGCUGCACAAGUGCGCCGAGCAGCAGCUGCGCACGGUCGAGCAGCUCGGCUACAUCGUGUGGUGCACCUCUCGCUUCACCUACAACACGGUCGGCCUCCGCUCCACCCGCCCCGCGGUCGGCCUCCGCUUCAUCAUCCAGUCCGCGGUCGCCUCGCCAACCACCCUCGACGAGCGGAUCGAGGCCCUUCCUCGAGUCGGCGCCCGCCCCGCUGCAUGGGUACUCCUAUUGAGCAGCUGGCACGAGAUGACGCCGCUGCAGCAGUACGAUUUUGACCGCAACGAGCGCGACGCCGAGGCGGUGCGCGCGCUGACGCAGCCGCAGUUGGCCGCCUUCUGGGACGCGACUUUGUCGCGCGCUUCGGGCGCGCAGCAGCAGGCACCCUUCCGAGCCUGCGUGCGGCGCAAGGCGUCCUUCCAGGUCUUCGCGCCGCAUCUCGAGCUGCCGCCGCCGCCCGACGGUGUCGUGUGCCUCGACACGAUCGAGGCGGUGCAGCAGUUCAAGAAGUCGCUCUCCGCAUGGCCCGGCGUGCACGAGGAGGGGGGCGGCGGAGACAGCCUCCAGAGCUGAGGCGGGUGUCCCGUGUCCGGUCCCCGUGUGCAUUCAAAAACGCUGCCCGUCCGAUGAAGGCUCUGCGGGAGUGGGGGCUCACGCGCCCCCCCCUGUUGUAGUGUUCUCUCUCUGAUGAAAUAAAGAAGAGUCAAGACGC